AUACUUGAGUUAGGUGUGGACUUUGUGGAUUUUUUUUACACAAGCCGCACCUUGUCCAGGAAAGGAGGGGCAGGAACACUCAGCUGUAUUCGGGAGCUGACACAUAGAAAUAAACACGGGAAGAUGAAGUGUUGUCCAUGUGACUCCAGGAACCCAAAUGGGCGGCAGGCCCACACUGUCCAGGAGGUCCUGUCCUCCUCUGGACCAGAGAGAUGGUGGCAGUCCAGGAAAGAUGUGAGUCCAGUCACUCUCCAGUUGGACCUUGACAACCUGUUCCAGCUUGACAACCUGUUUCUCAACUUCAAGGGCCCUCGUCCCAGUGCCUUGGUUAUAGAGAGGACACUCGACAACGGCAGGACAUGGGAGCCGAGCCUCUACCUGGCUACAGAUUGUCAAAGGACUUUUCCUGGCAUCCCCACGUCAACACCUCUUAAACUGGAUGAUACAUACUGCUACACACUGCCCUCUACUGAAGCAACACCCUACCAAGACCACACAAUUGAGUUCAAUCCUCUGCGUCAGUAUGCUUAUGUCCCAGCUUCCAAGAGCCAAAAAAUUGAAGAUGUCACUGGGUUAAUGGGGCUGAGAGUGAGGCUGACAGAGCUGGGGGAUGUGCCACGUCUCCCAGGCAGAGCUCUCAGUAGGUUUUAUGCCCUGAAGGAGAUGAGGGUGAUGGGCAGCUGUUUGUGCCAUGGACACGCCAACCGAUGUCUGCCAGAGGCCUACAACAACCCACUGUCCAAUACCAUACAUGUGAAUCCUCAGUGUGACUGCCAACACAACACAGCAGGUGUGAACUGUGAGCGUUGCGCUGAUCUCUACCAAGAUCUACCCUGGAGACCUGCAGAGGAGGGAGACACUCAUGCCUGCAAACGCUGUGAGUGCAACAACCAUGCCCAGCGCUGUCAUUUUGACCAGGCAGUGUACGCUGCUAGUUGGCAGAGUAGUGGAGGUGUGUGUGAGGGUUGUAUGCACCACACUACAGGACCAAAGUGUGACCAGUGUGCCCCAGGCUACCAACCCAACCCCCGCAGCCGAAUGGACCGUCCUGACGCCUGCAUUCGCUGUAUCUGCAAUCCUGAGGGGUCAGUGAACGAGGGCCAGUGUGACGACAGCACAGGCUUGUGUCAGUGUAAAGUGAACGUAGAAGGUCCCCGCUGUGACCGCUGUAAAAGAGGCCACUAUGGUCUGAUCGACUCCAACCCUCUGGGCUGCACCAAGUGUUCCUGUUCUCCUGACGGGUCCACGUCAGACGUCUGUGACCCUCUGACUGGCCAGUGUCCCUGUCAUCCCCACUUCCAUGGCCUGACCUGUGAAGUCUGUUCAAAAGGCUACUGGAAACCAGCUCUGUCCGGACGCUGUAGACCAUGUGCCUGUGACCCCACCAGGUCAUACAGUGAUACUUGUGACCAGCUGACUGGUCAGUGCCAAUGCAGACCACGGUUUGGAGGCCGAACAUGUACAGAGUGCCCAGAGAACACUUACGGAGACCCACUAGUAGGCUGCCAGCCGUGUGGGUGUGAUACAGAUGGAACCCUUCCAGAGGUUUGUGAUAAGCAGACAGGAGCCUGUCUGUGUCGGCUGGGUGUCGUCGGGACACGCUGUGACUCCUGUAGUCGAGGACACUGUGAUUCUUUCCCUGCCUGCGAGACGUGUCCCUCCUGCUUCUUCAGACUGGACGCACAGAUUCAAAACCUCAGUUUAUCUCUGGGGAGACUCUCCCCCGGCUUCCCUGACACUGACAUUGGAAAGUUCGGGCCGCGCAUCCGGACCCUGGAGGCCAGUCUGAAACGGAUCCAAGACUCCAUUCUCCUUCCUCUCAAUAUUGUUAAACAGAUCGAUGAUGCUCGGUCCCAACUGGACAAGCUGGGGGACCAGGUGGACAAGGUUAAUGAUGACCUCCCAGCCACAACAAGACCUGCUGGUCUGGAGUCAGAGCUGGCCAAGCUGCAGGCUCUGCUGGAUAGCCUCAGUUUGUUGUACAAAGACAAGAAAGGUGCCACGGAUAACACCAUCAGUCCCAACAAUGCAGAUGCAUUUUCUGCCAUCAAGAAAGCCUAUGAUGAGUCGACAGAUGCAGCCGAGAAGGUAGAUGCCAGCGGAAACACGGUGAAGGAGUCUGCUGACAAUAGAGAAGAAGCGACAGAUCUUCAGGGCAACGUGCAACCAGAAAACACCAGAGAUCUGAACAAACUGGACCAGAGCAUGGCUGUCAAACCUGACCUCACUCCAGUUGCCAAACAGGUAUGCGGCAGUGUUCGCACUGAGCCCUGCACCCCUCUUCUAUGUGAGGGUGGAGACUUGUGUCCACCGUCGGGGACCCCGGUGUGUGUAAAGGGGAAAAAGUGUGUGGGCGCCCUGCCGCUGAGUAAGAGGGCAAAGGCUGAUUCUAAGGAUGUGAAGGAUCAACUGGAAAAGCUCUCUGUGAAUGUCACGGACGCUACAGAGAAGCUUCAGGAAACACAGGACACAACCAAUCAGGUGAGACAGUCAGCCGAGAAGCUGUCCAAUAAGAUGAAGCGGACCAGAGAUGAGCUAGAAGAUGACUUAAAGGAGACACGUGACGUUGUGAAAGAACUCAAAGACUUCCUGUCAGACCCGUCCUCCAACCUGACCCACAUCAAGGAGGUGAGUGACUGGAUCCUGAGAGCCAAGCUGCCUAUCAAUCCGGCUGAUCUGAAGAGAAAGCUGGAGGAGCUGAAGAAUCUGGCAGCCACUCUUCCAGACAGCACAGCUGUGUUGAAGGACGCAGAGCCCAAGCUGGAGAAAGCCAGGAAACUGAAGCAGGAGGCCGAGGAAGCCAGGGACAAAGCUCUGGGAGUAAAUGCGGAUGUGGACGGGCUGUUGAAAAAUUUGGGUUUGUUGGAGGGCUCUCUCUUUGGCCUGGAGGACAAACUGCAGAACAAUUUGGAUCGCAUAGAAAACCUGAACGAUACCCUGACUAAGGCCGAGAACAAGCUGACCCCAGCAGAAAAGGAUCUGGAUGAUGUAUCCACGUCUUUAAAACCAAUAAAACCUCUACUGGACAAGAUAAAAGACACACUGGAGAAUGGGAGCCAGCAGGCCCAGUUAGCAGAGGAAAGUGCAGACCAAGCGGAUGAUGAAGCAGAUGCUGCAAAAACGGACCUGACAUCCUUAGAGGACGAGCUUGACCAACUUAAAGACAAGGUUGCUGCCGGUGGUUCCGGUGGGGAUGCCGGGGAGGUGGGAGAUCGACUGGCAAAGCUACAGCAGGACGCUGGAACCCUGGCCAACACCACUACUGACAUGAUGAAUUCUCUAGAAGGUAAGGCAGAUUCCCUGAGGAGCCUUCACGAUCAGAUUGUUCAGAACUCCACCUUGCUUGAGGGACUUGAUGUCAAGCUGAAAGACCUGUUCUCAAAACUUCGAAAGAAAGCAGAUGACCUGAGCAGCUGCCUCUGAGGGGUCAGAGAUAUAUAUGGCUACCGUAGCAAUUGUUGUCUGACUAGAGAGGGGCUUGAAACUACUUUCUUGUGUAUUUAAAUAUCUUCUGAAAGUCUGUAUAAACAGUAGGGACAUUAAAAUAUCAUGCUGUUUCAUUUUCUUCACUUAGCAUUACAUCUGGGAAAGUCACAGAUUCAGACUUUUGGCAGCUCUGCAAGAACCAACACAAACUGAAAAAAUAUUUUUAUUCAGCAGCUUUUCAUUCAAAUGUUCACUGUGACCAAUGGACCAUGAUUAUUGCAUUUUUAAGAACUAUUUUCUCUGUUCCAUUUGUUGUUUGUACAGAACCAAAGUAUUCACAUAAAAGCCUGUUUACACUUUGAUUUGUUUCUAAAUGUUGGAUUGGAGACGCCUGGAUGCUGCUGCAGCUCUUCAUUCAACACCAGACUAUUUACUGCAUAUUUAUUGAGAAAACAAUACAAAAAACACGUAUGUGUUACUACAUUUGUGAAUUCAUGACAUCACUAGUGUUCACACCAGCUUGUGGCACUUGAUAUGUUCAGUUUUUUAACAAAACAGCUUAUGUACAUAUAACAGAGGCAGUGAACACCAGGUUACUGAGUGUCAACACCACCACCUUAAAAUAAAGGUUUAACCUAAAAAAACCUUUCCCCUGCAUUGUCUCUGUGUUGAGUGGAAAUUGGAUUUAUGAUCCUUCAAUGGCAUCCAACUAUAAAAGGAGGAAUCUGUCGGAAUGUAAAUGUUCUUUUCAAUGCCUCAUCCCAUGGCUAUCCGACUUGGUGGAUGUCUUGCUGAGCUGCGUAAGUUCUCAGCUCAGUAAAAGUAAAAAAUCCCCAAUUUUCUUUAAUAUGUUUUCAACUGCAAACUUCUCUUAUUAUCACCAGAGUAACAAUGUUUGGUCUUGAAUUGAAAUGCAAUGUUUCUGAACCAUUAAGUUCAUGACAAUGGGAUAGACAGAAAGACGACCUGAAAACAUACUGUAUCCAUCCACGACUGCGGCAAUAAAAACUGCCAGCAAGGACCCAACUGUCCAAACACAACAGUUAAAGGUACAUUUACAGAUUGUGUUACAGUGUAAUGACUGAAAAAAAAAUCUGCUUUGUAAAACGUCAAAUAAA